AUGCACACAGAAGGAUGGGACAAGUGUAAUGAUGAAUUUUUACUGCCAUAUUUCAAUGUUAGAGACGAGCUAGCCAUCAACGAUGGUGUAUUAUUUUAUAAAAAUCGAUUGAUUAUACCUUCUAAAUUACAAGCUACUUAUGUUAAACUACUCCACGGCGAAGCUCACCUUGGUAUCAGUAAGGUAAUUGAGCGAGCAAAAUUAAUCUGUUAUUGGCCUAAAUUUGUAUCUGAUAUAGAAAACUAUGUUAAGUCUUGUGCUGUCUGCAACAAAUUUCAAAGAAAAAAUGUAAAAGAACCUUUACUACCUCACCAAAUCCCUGAAAUUCCAUUUCACAAAUUAGGAGCUGAUAUUGCACAAUUACAAGAUAAAAAUUACUUAAUUCUCACUGAUUAUUUCUCCAAAUGGCUUGAAAUCAGAGAAAUUAAAAACAAAAAAGCUGGUGAUGUAGUGAGGGAACUUAAAAACAUUUUUCGUACGCAUGGAAUCCCUGCGCAGUUGGUCGCAGAUAAUCAGCCUUUCAAUUCGUUAGAAUUUAAAACUUUUGCAAAAUCUUACAAUUUUACCACCGUUACAUCCAGUCCGCAUUAUCCCCAGUCCAACGGAAUGGCGGAAUCAGCCGUCAAGCGAGCAAAAAGUUUACUAAAGAAAACUCUUGAAACCAAAGGUGACAUUGAUCUCGCAGUUCUAGAAUACAAUUCAACACCCAUUGUACAUCUAGGAGCCUCACCCUCUCAAAUGCUAAUGCCCAAGUAG